AUGCUCUAUGAGAUCUUCAACGCCGUAGGCCCCGUCGCCUCCAUCCGUGUGUGUCGCGACUCGGUGACGCGAAAGUCCUUGGGCUAUGGCUAUGUGAACUUCCACAGUGUCUCAGAUGCCGAGCGAGCAUUGGAUACGUUGAACUAUUCCAGCAUCAAGGGGCGAUCGUGUCGUAUCAUGUGGAGCCAACGUGAUCCCACACUACGCAAGACCGGCGCAGGGAACAUCUACGUCAGCAACCUUGACCCAAACAUCGAUAACAAGGCUUUGUAUGACACCUUCAGCCUUUUUGGCAACAUUUUGUCUUGCAAAGUGGCCUCCGAUGCACUUGGAAAGUCUCACGGCUACGGAUUUGUGCAUUACGAGUUUGAGGAUGCAGCACGUCAGGCAAUCGAGAGGGUCAAUGGCAUGAUGAUUGGAGAGAAGGCAGUGACAGUGUGUUUAUUUCAGAAAAAGGACAAGGAUGCUCAAAAGCGGGAUUUCACGAAUCUCUACGUCAAAUACUAUCCACAAGACUGGGAUGAAGCAAAGCUUAUGGAGUUCUUCAGUCAGUGUGGACCAGUCACUGCUGCGGCCAUCAAGAUUGACGACAAGGGACGGAAGUUUGCCUUUGUGAACUACGAGAACAGUGAAGAUGCACGGAAGUGUGUGGAUGAGUUGCACGGUAUGGACCUUCGAGAGGACAAGGAGGCGGAGCAGGAAAUGGGUCCGGAUGGUCACCCAGUGGGCCACCUUUACGUGCAGCGCGCACAAGCCAAAAAGGAGCGCCAGGCCGAGUUGCGCUCGCAGUUCACUGACACUCGAGUGGUCAACAAGGCGGUGAACCUUUACGUGAAGAACUUGGAUCCUGAAGUGGAUGAUUCCGACUUGAGGGUGCUGUUUGAGCCAUUCGGCAAGGUUACUUCAGCAGCUGCUGUAAAGGAUGCAUCUGGAAAAUGCAAAGGCUUCGGCUUCGUGUGCUUUGACACCCCCGACGAGGCCACGAAAGCCGUGACGGAGAUGCAUCUCAAGGUGGUGAAGGGAAAGCCUUUGUACGUUGGCUUAGCUGAGAGAAAAGAGGCAAGACAGGAGCGUUUGGCGAAAAGGUAUAAUGCGCCCAGCGGCUUUGGUGGCUUUGGCUACAACAGCUUUGGAGGUAAAGGCAAGAAGGGCAAAGGAAAGAACCAUGGACAUGGCGGCAAGGACAUGAGCAGCAUGGACAUGAUGGGGCCUCAACAAGGAAUGAUGAUGAAUAAUAUGAACAUGCCUGGAAUGGGAAUGAACAUGGGUGGCAUGAUGAGGCCACCUCAAAUGAUGGGCAUGAUGCAGCCUCCGAUGAUGUGCAAAGGAGGCCCUGGACAACAGUCAAUGCCCCCCAUGAAGGGGGGCAUGCCUUGCAUGGGCAAGGGUCCGAUGCCACCAAUGGGGCAAGGUCCUAUGAAUCCGAUGAUGGGGAUGAGACCAAAUAUGCAACCAAUGCAGCCAAUGAUGAGGCCCCCGAACCCGCAGAUGAAUCCUCAAGUGAAUCAAGCAGUGCAGAAGCAGAUGAUCGGUGAGAAGCUUUACCCAAUGGUCGCAAAAUGGCAGCCGGACUUGGCCGGCAAGAUCACUGGCAUGAUGUUGGAGAUGGACAACCAAGAAUUGAUCCACUUGUUGGAGUCGGAACAACGCGUCCGGGAGAAGGUCGAUGAGGCCUUGCGGGUGAUCCAGCAAGCACAUCGCUCAUGA